UGAACUACUGAGCGGGAGGCUAUCUUAACAACAAUGGCUCCACGUUGCUCGACUUCGACCACCGACUUUCUUCCGACUCCUCAGGAAUUGAGUUUUUAAAAUGGAAAUCAAUUGCCCAGAGAGUAUUGAAGAAGGCCGUGAGGAAACAAUUCCUUGCAUGAAGUACAAGGUCGAGGACCUGGAUUUGGAUAACACGAAUCUCUUCGACUUCGUUCUUGGAUACGAAACAGGGCUCUCUUCAUCUGACAUUUUUGUAGAAGAAGUUGGCAUUGACCUAUUCAACGCAGUCGUUGAGGCGGGUUUUCCGGGAAUGUACGAUGAAGUUGAGAAAUCCGAACUAGAAGAUGUAAAAUCAGUACUACACCCUGAAGAACCAAGUAUUCAAGAAAAUAUGCCUGUAGAAUCAAAUAUGCAAGCUGUGGAGGCAAGAAAGGAGUCACAAAACAAACAAAAGCCUCCAGCAGCUGUAGAUCUACCCCCGGAACCUUUUAAAAUGAUGCGUCAAAACCAAAGUAAAAUACGGAAACAACGAAAAAAUGUGUGCAAGAUUUGUCAACAAGCUCUGAAAUCGACCAAGCUACUGCAACUCCAUUUGGUACGAAAACAUGGCGUCAGAGUUACCCCUAAGGUCAUUCAGAACGCGGGAGGCGGUGGUGUCUUCACACCGAAAGGAAAUGUCUGUAAGGAUUGCGAGAAGGGAUUCAAACGCAAGAACGAGUCCAUUGCACACAGCGCUCUUGCUUCAAGGAUUAAAUGCAUCUUCUGCUCUGACGAUUUCCCCUGCGUGGGCGCCUGGACAAAACACUGUUAUACGCAUUUGGCAAAAUGUGACAAUUUGUUCUGCACCUUGUGCGAUUCUCAAUUGAGUAGCCGAUACAAUUUGAUGUGUCACUACACUACGCACAUUCUCAAUUUAGUGUAUAGAUGUCCCUUUUGCAGAGACAGGCGUGGUAACAUAACUAGUUAUCGAACACUUAAAGGAAUAACUGCUCACUUAAUGAAGCACGAUGAGAACAUGCUCAAUGAGUACAACGUUGGUUGAAACCCCAAUUGCUAACGUACAAACUAAUUAAGCGUUAGUUAGUGUCUCGUUUCAUAGACUUUCGAUGCAUACAUGCCUGCAUUUCUACUGGUUUGAUGUGCAUGUGAAUUUCCCCAAAUUUUAUUGUUUUAAUUGAGUACUUUAUUCUAUGUAAUGACAAUUCUGUCUUGUCUAAUUUGUUCAUGUUAUUGAAAUAUUCAGGCAAGAUGUUGUCAAUGUUAUGUAGGUAUGCAUAUUGCAUGAAUGAUGGACGUAUUUAAUUUGACAAGCAUGCAGUUUAAAAGAAUGUUUGUUAGCACAAAAUUUAAUGUAAACCGUCUCAAGUUUAAUCAACAUCAAAUGAUUUAACUGGUGUAACUCUCUGGCUGUCUUGUUAAGUUUACUCGUAUAAGUUAUAAAGUAAACCUUGUUAAGUAUUGUAUUUGGUUUAAUGUUGUUGUGCAUUGUAGGAGUUUGCUGUUGUUAAUAAUAAUGACAGGUGAGGGAACAGUUCUUCUGACAUGUCCAAGUCUGACAGCUUUGUCACAGCAGGGGCCCUUUUCCAUCAUUCUAAACCGUUUGGCUAUCCAUUACUUUUAAUUACUACGACUUACCUGAGCAGUCCCUUCUGUUCUUAUGUUUGCCAUUUACUGCCACAUUCGCGUUUAAUUAAUUUUUCCCUGCUUGUUCUCUGCUAAACCUUCCCUUCUUGUUGCUGCUGCUGCUGCUCUUACAAAGUGGUCUAGUUUUACUUUACAUGCACAAUUUGUAUGCAUACCUGAUAUUUUGUGAGCAAUUUACCGAGUUAACAACUUAAAAUAAUUGAUCUUUCUUUUAUAAUUUAAGCUUAGCAAAACUUGUUACCAUUUAAAAUAGGAAUCGUGAUAUUGUUUUAUAAUAAUGUUUUGUAUGUUGCAUUUUGAAAUGAUGGAGUAACUUUUUAACCUGUAAACAAUUUUUAGUCCUGUCCUGACUCAAGUCAUUACUUAUUUAUUGACGAAACAGAAUCUCCCUAAAGUGUGUUGUGACAUGUGUUGUGUGAUAGCGAAGCUAGAUUUAAAAUAUUUUAUACUAUUAACAAAUAUUUAUAAUAUGACUUACUGUUUGAAUGAAUCGUAGUUCAUGGUUUACAUAGUUUGUAAUAAUUCUUGUGUUGCCUGCAAUGAUGAUAUUGUUCACCUAAAUCGAACGGAAAUAAAUUGUCUACAAGUCAAGUGUAA